CAGGAGGCGCUUUCUGUGAAGCCUCCGGUUCCUCCAUUCCUCCCUCCCGUUGAUGCCAUCCGGCGGAGCUCUACCUACUUCCGCCGGAACCCUCCUCCUCGUUGCCUCCAUCAUCAAGACCCUAGCCCGCGGCGGCCCCGCCGACCUCUGCAAGUUGACCUUCCCUCUCUCCGACGACCUCGUCCGCCGCGUCCUCCUCCGCCGCUCCCUCCAGCCUCGUAGAAAGCUCGAUUUCUUCCGAUGGGCUCUUACCCGCCCGGACUACGAUCCCUCUCCGGAGGCUUUCUCCCUCGCUGUUCGCACCAUUUGUCGCUCCCCCACCUCCGCGCCUGUUACUGCGGCCCUUUUCGACGACGAGCUGCCAUUGAUCAUCCGCUCCAUGCGCGGGCGCGGCCUCGCGCUCGACCCCCAAACCUUCAGGCUCCUUAUCGGUGCCUCCGUGCGCUUCGGAAAGUUCGAUCGUGCCCUCGAGGCCCUGGACGACAUGGAGCGCUCCGGGGUUGGCCUCGACCCUGGGGUCUAUGGCUCCGUGCUGGUCGCACUGGCCAGAAAGAAUCAGAUCGCGGUGGCGCUGUCGAUUUUUGACAACGUCCUGGCAUCCGGCGUCGCGAUUCCUGAUAACCUGGCCUGUAACGAGCUCCUUGUCGCCCUACGGAACGCGAAGAUGAAGGACGAGUUCAGACGAGUUUUCGAUGAGCUGAUGAGUAGGGGUUUUAAGCUCGAUAACUGGGGUUACAAUAUCUGCAUUCAUGCGUUCGGGCGCUGGGGGGAAUUGGGCGUCUCAAUGAAGCUAUUUAAGAGGUUGAAGGAAGAAGGGCGGCAGCCAGAUUUGUGUACCUAUAAUUCUUUGAUUCGUGUUCUUUGCUUCGUUGGUAGAUUGGAUGAGGCGUUGGUUUUGUUCGAUGAAUUGAAGGACUCUGGGCACGAGCCAGAUGUGUUUAGCUAUCGGAUCGUUAUCCAGGGUUGUUGCAAAGCUUAUAGAUUAGAAGUUGCAACCAAACUGUUUGACGAAAUGCAGACGAGAAACUGUAGUCCUAGUGUUGUAAUUUAUAAUUCUCUUAUUGACGGGUUGUUCAAGGCGAAGAGAUUAGAAGACGCCUGCACAUUUUUAGAAAAGAUGAUGCAAGAUGGGCUGAGGCCUACCUGUUGGACUUAUAACAUUUUGAUCGAUGGGUUGUUCAAGAACGGGAGAGCAGUGGCUGCCUAUUCGCUUUUCUGUGAUUUGAAGAAGAAGGGGCGGUACGUUGAUGCCAUUACUUAUAGCAUAGUGAUCUUGUAUCUUAUUCGGAAUGGGAGGAUUGAAAGCUCCCUUCAGUUGGUGGAAGAAAUGGAAGCUAGAGGGUUUGUGGUUGACUUAGUCACGCUGACAUCUAUUGUAAUCGGGCUUCACAAAUAUGGUCUCUGGGAUCGGGCUGAGGGGCUAAUGCAGUACGUUCGGAAUGGUAGCCUGGUGAUGAAUGUUCUCCGAUGGAGCUCGGAAAUAGAAGCCGUUAUGCGAUCACCACAGGAUAGAAGUAAGGAUUUCAAGCUUAUGUUUCCUACAGUUGACGAUGCAGACGAGAUUUUGAAUCUGAUGAAAAUAUCUUCUUCCGACGGAAAUUGUGGAACUAGCUUCGGGAGCAUGUCUGAAGGUGAGCUGCAUAAUGCGAUGGUUGGAUCCAACGGAUGGACGUCGUCUUCCUAUAUGGAACGUCUUGCAGGGGAAGGCGAACAUGAUGGCCUUUCUCAAGAGUUUUCUGCACUUAGAGGACGGCGAGUUAGGGAUAAGGGAGUAGAAACCUUUGACAUUGACAUGGUCAAUACAUACAUGUCCAUCUUUCUGGCGAAGGGGAAGUUGAGUUUAGCCUGUAAGUUGUUUGAAAUCUUUACUGAAAUGGGCCGUGAACCAGUGAGCUACACUUACAAUUCUUUGAUGAGCUCUUUUGUCAAGAAGGGAUAUUUCAGCAUAGCAUGGGGAGUUUUGGUUGAGAUGGGGGAGCAAUUAUGUCCUGCUGAUAUUGCAACCUACAGUGUGAUCAUCCAGGGAUUGGGGAAGAUGGGUAAAGCAGAUCUUGCUUGCGCUGUUCUUGAGCAUUUGCUGGAGAAGGGCGGGCAUCUUGACGUUGUCAUGUACAACACUUUGAUCAAUGCACUAGGUAAAGCAGGUCGCCUGGAUGAAGCUAACAACUUAUUCAAACAAAUGACUGUAAGUGGCAUCAACCCAGAUAUUGUCACAUUUAAUACACUCAUCGAGAUCCACAGCAAGCAAGGGCGAGUGAAGGAAGCCUAUAAGUUUCUCAAGAUGAUGUUGGACGCAGGAUGCUCUCCUAAUCAUGUCACAGACACAAUUCUUGAUUCUCUAGAAAAAGAAAUAGAGAAAGCGCGGUAUCAGAAGGCAUCAAUGAAACGUGGGGAUUUUUCUUGAAUAACAGUCGGAAACUCGAAGCGACAAUUACAUGAAGUGCUUUGCUUUUGUGAGAUCUUACAUUAACAGGUCUUGCCAUCUAGAAAGAAGGCACAAACACAAAGGUUUUUUCAUGGUUUUUUGGUGGCACUAAAUCAGCAGAUGAUUUGUAGCCGCUAUCACAAGGUGCUGAGUAAGAUUCCGUUGAAACUGUUGGAAGGUGCAUGAUUUAGCUUGACCGUGAACCAUGCAAGGUGGAAAUUACCAACUUACUUGUCAGACCUCUUUCAAGUGUGUACUUCACAAGCUGAGCAGAUUUGAUCAGCGAGAUGCUUGGUUGAUUUACUGGCACUAGAUACGAAUAGUUGCAUAAGGGUGGGGAAUGCAUUCCAGCUAUAUUUGGAAAAAUUGGCAAAAAUGCCAUUCUUAUGCUGCCAUUUCUUCGUACAGUGUUCGUUUCGAAGAGCUUCAGGCUUUAUAUCUAUAUAUGGAAGACGGCUUCUAGCAGGUUAAAUUCCUGAACAAUGUCCACUAAUAAUUUGGUUACAAUCAACGACACAUCAUCUAUAUGCGCGUGCAUUGGGGACAGGAAAGCAACGGAUUUUCGGAUUGAUGUCACGAUGCGGGGUUGCUCGAUCACUUCGAAGAUUGGUGGAGAACUUCAUCCAGCCUCUUGAUAUGAUUAAGCAAACACUGUUGAAAGUUGUUCAGGUACAACAAUUUUUUUUUUCCCGUGGACUCAAUAAAGUGGCAUAUGUAAGACUAACUAUAAACUUGAGAGGCAUCAACUAUCACGGCCUCAUGAAUUCGUGAGAAUGUAAUAUUGAGUAUUUAAUGAACUAAUGUAAUAUUUGUAUCAUUCUCUAGUAAUGAAUUAGUUGGAUCGGUAA